ACCAUCAGCCUAAAACGACAAGUUUUCCCUGUAAUGCAAGAAAUUGGAGAAACAACCCCAAAAAUCUCCACGAAAAGAAAAUAAACAAAACGCAAUCACACCUUCCUUCCUCCCUCUCCCUUUCUCUCUCUUCUUCUUCCUGUAAAUUUUGAAAACACAACAUUCUCCAGUCUCACCGCUCCAUUUCGCAACCCAUUUUUUUCUCUCUAGGGUUUCAGUCUCGUUAACCGAUCUCUCUCCUCCAAUGUCGUCAAUGGCGGAUGAUUCAAUCCCACCGUCAUCACCUUCACCGUCAACGGCGGCAGCAGCAGCUUCCUUGGGCCAAUCAGUGAUUCCUAUAGUCAACAAGCUUCAAGACAUAGCGGCGCAGCUCGGAAGUAGUCCUGCCUUCGACUUGCCGCAAGUCGCUGUCGUUGGAAGCCAAAGUAGCGGAAAAUCUAGCGUUCUCGAAGCGCUCGUUGGCCGCGAUUUCUUGCCGCGAGGGUGCGAUAUCUGCACUCGUCGUCCGCUUGUGCUGCAGCUCUUGCAUACGAAGAGGAGUGAUGAGGAAUGGGGAGAGUUCUUGCAUCUUCCUGGAAAGCGAUUUUAUGAUUUCAAUGAUAUCCGGAGGGAAAUUCAGGCUGAAACCGAUAGAGAGGCUGGAGGAAACAAAGGUGUAGUUGACAAGCAGAUUCGUCUAAAAAUAUUUUCACCUAACGUUCUUGAUAUUACUUUAGUAGAUCUCCCGGGAUUAACAAAAGUUCCAGUUGGUGAUCAACCAUCUGAUAUUGAAGGACGAAUAAGAACCAUGAUAAUGUCCUACAUUAAAAUCCCCAGCUGCCUAAUAUUAGCUGUCACCCCUGCCAACGCUGAUCUAGCAAAUUCAGAUGCCUUGCAGAUGGCUGGCAUUGCAGACCCUGAUGGUUAUCGAACAAUUGGUGUAAUCACAAAGCUAGACAUUAUGGACAGAGGUACAGAUGCUCGCAAUUUUUUGCUUGGAAAAGUUAUACCACUACGACUUGGUUAUGUGGGAGUUGUGAAUCGCAGUCAAGAGGACAUUAUGAAUAACAGAAGCAUAAAAGAUGCACUCGUGGCUGAGGAGAAGUUCUUCCGUAGCCGCCCGGUGUACAGUGAUAUAGCAGAUCACUGUGGAGUUCCGCAGUUAGCCAAAAAGUUGAACCAAAUCCUCGUACGACACAUUAAAGCAGUUCUUCCUAAUCUGAAAGCGCAAAUUAGCUCUCAACUCGUUUCUGUUGCUAAAGAGCAUGCAAGCUAUGGAGAAAUAGUUGAAUCUAAGGCUGGUCAGGGUUCUCUCAUCUUAAACAUUCUAUCUAAGUACUCAGAAGCUUUUUCUUCUAUGAUAGAAGGAAAAAAUGAAGAGAUGUCAACAUCUGAGUUAUCUGGUGGUGCAAGAAUUCAUUACAUAUUCCAAUCAAUAUUUGUAAAGAGUUUAGAGGAGGUGGAUCCAUGUGAGGAUUUAAGUGAUGAUGACAUCCGAACAGCUAUUCAGAAUGCAACUGGUCCUAAAUCUGCAUUAUUUGUUCCAGAAGUACCAUUUGAAGUUCUUAUCAGAAAGCAAAUCAGUCGUUUAUUAGAUCCAAGUCACCAAUGUGCGAGGUUUAUAUAUGAUGAGCUGAUAAAGAUGAGCCAUCGCUGUCUAAAUAGUGAACUGCAGCGCUUUCCCUUACUCAGGAAGCGAAUGGAUGAAGUUAUUAAUGGCUUCUUGAGAGAAGGUCUGCAACCUGCUGAGGCAAUGAUUGGGCAUAUUAUAGAAAUGGAGAUGGACUACAUAAACACUUCACACCCUAAUUUUCUUGGUGGAGCCAAAGCUGUAGAGGUUGCUUCUCAGAAUAUUAAGUCCUCAAGAAGUUCAGUAUCUAUCCCAAAGAUAAAGGAUGGUGGGGAUACAGAUAAAGCACCUGCAUCUGAAAGGACCAUCAAAACGCGGGCUCUUCUUGCUAAAAAUGCAAAUGGAGUCAUGGCUGAGCAGAGCAUUCGUUCUUCAGUAGACGGGGAAAGGCUAGCUCACUCUGGAGGUACAAAUAACUCUAGCUGGGGGAUUCCAUCAAUUUUUGGUGUUACUGACAACCGCACUUCUUCUAAAGAAACCUUUGUUAACAAGUCUUUGAGUGAGCCUGUUCAGUUCUUGGACCAUGCCUUUUCGAUGAUACAUUUGAGGGAACCACCAGCAAUACUAAGGCCUGCAGAGACUUGUACAGAGAACGAAGCAAUUGAAAUUGCUGUCACCAAAUUGCUGUUGAAGUCAUAUUAUGACAUUGUUAGGAAGAAUGUGGAAGACUCUGUGCCUAAAGCGAUCAUGCACUUCUUGGUAAACCAUACAAAACGAGAGCUGCACAAUGUCUUUAUCAAAAAGCUCUAUAGGGAGAAUCUUUUUGAGGAGAUGCUACAAGAACCUGAUGAAGUUGCAACGAAACGGAAGCAAACUAGAGAAAAAUUACGCAUUCUCAACCAGGCUUUCCGGGUACUUGAUGAAUUGCCACUAGAGGCUGAUACAGUCGAGAAGGGAUACAGUUUAGGUAUUGAUGCUACUGGGAUGCCAAAGUUCAACGGGCUCUCUUCUUCUGCAUACUCAACAAGCAGUCAUUCAGGUGAUUCCUAUUCGGCUUCCCCUAAAACUCACAAGUCAAAGAAGUCAUCCCACUCAGGCGAAAUACAAUCACCAUUUUAUGGUAAUGCUGAUUCUAAUGGGAGUGGACGUAGCUCUGUACCUGGUUUAUAUCCAACUGUCCAUAUAUAGACAUAUGGUCUAUGAGGUUGUUCAAUCAUCCAAUUUCAUUCAUUUUUAUUGGUCUGUCGAGUAUUUUGAAUGUCGGUAUCCAUAAGAAGCCUUUGCGAUGUUUUUCAAGAUUCAUUCCACCAAAACUGCCUCCUACAUUUCCUGUUUGCAGUCUGUGGUGUUUUAAGUUGCAAAAGGGUUAAAAGGGAAAAUGAACUGCAGAUUCUUGUAACAUAUUCCCUCAUGUCAUAUACGCUAAUUUUCUACUUUUGCCUAUCAGUCAAACUGGUUUUUGAUGCAUGUAUUUUUCUGUCUUGUUAUACUUGUCCUAGUUAGCUCGUCUGGAAGUCGAAUAGGUAUAGUAUAGUAGAGGAGAUGUAUCACCUCUACUAAGUUUUGGUUUGUUUCCCAUUGAAAGAAGUUGAUGGGAAGGUAACUUUGAUAGAAUGUAUAUUCUGAGUCCUGUAAUUCAACAUAUGUUGUUUGCAUUCAAGAAACUACUUGGUGUUUUUGCUGGUUAUUUACAUCAAUAAGCAAAUCUUUUAAAA